AUGUUAUUAUUGAAGAGGAUAUUACUUCGAAACUUCCUUGUCCUCUUGUCUUGUGCUGUACACAUAAUAAAACCUGCAAAAUUACGGGGAUUGGUGCUGGAAGCGAAAACAGAUGUGUUGUAUCCUAAAGAUUAUUUUACCAUAACUGGCACCGACAAGGAGUUUAGUGUACACGAUAACAAAGAUGGUGACGUUAUAUUGCCUGAAGAUUACUAUUUAUUAUCUGCGUUUGGUUUUACACCAGGUGACCCCAACAAGAACACGCCACAAGUGGAACUCCCAGCCGUCAAUCCCGACACGGACAUCAGUACAAGAGUAUAUCUGGGGUGCCUGGCCCUUUAUCACCACCACCUGGAACCCCACACUGCCUACAAGACGAACGAAGACGCUGUCAACAAGACCAGGCGUUGGCGGCUGGUGGAGUGGAGCCGAGGCCCCACGGGCCCCGACGAUAUUUACUACAACUUCUACAAGGACUACUACGUGGCCGACCAAGUGGGGAAGAUGAACACUUACACCGGCACUGCUCCGAAGUGCCACAGACUGGCUUAUAAAGUUGAUGGCCAAGUGGUAAACGCGCCAGUCCACGAAGAGUUAUACGAGUAUCCGUUUCUGGACUACCUGAAGAAUAGAGUGCGGAGCUACGGAACCUGGUCGGCGUUUGUGAAGGCCAACCCGUGCUUCACCACGCUGAGCAGAUUCUUCGGGACUACGAAGAUUGUCGCACUGUUCGCUGCUAGACCUCUCAUGCGCGGUAAUGAUCCUAACGAAAAGACCGAAGUGGAGUUAUAUCGUAAGGAUUACGUCGUGAUGACGGAGUUGCCUCCGACCUGGAAGACCUCUCGAGAGGACAGCACUCUGCCUGAGAGGAGGACCAUCACGGAAGAGCCAGAGGUUCUCAGCCGAGCAGACAUAGAAACAUUCGAUGAAGAAGAAAUGUUCAGUAAACUGCGUGAAGAAGAUGAACAACGAAAGAAGACGAGCCUGCUACCGUUGGCUACAGGAACCACGGAGCACCCGUACAGGAACCAGUGGGUUGGCUCGCUCAGGACCCGAGUGAUCAGUCGUAGACCUCAGACUUACAGGAUGAGUAUAGUGUUACCUGAACAAUGGACGUCUAAAGAAGAGGACUUCACCCAGCCGGGGUGGCCGCGACCUGAUACAGGGAGACGCAAGGACAACAUGAAAAAUGUGGCAAGGUUGACAUCAUACUGGGCCAAUUACGACGCGAAAGAGGAACCGCCGCACCUGAACUUCACCAUAUGCCAUCACUGCUCGAACGACGGAGACAAUCGAGGGUUGCCAGCUCUGUCCUUCUACUGCCACAACCUGCACGAGGAACCCGACCACAGAUUCCACCCUGGCUCGAUGAAAAAAUCGUUUCGACCCGGCGCUAAAUGCGUGUUCGACAGAUACGAGCCGGGCUUCAGAGCUGACGGACAGAAUACUGUCAUCAGCCGCAGAUACAGACGUGGUUGCAUGCACCAGUUUCUGGAUGUGCCGUCACGUUACGACAGCAGAUCCUGCAGGCAAUGGCCUCCCGCUUUGUCCGUGUCUCCAUUUGUUGGGAAAAGGUUCCAGCGCUUGGAGAAGCUGCUCCGGUUCACGGCAGAUGGGUGCGUGUCGAGUCCGGCUGCCUCCCUGACGCCAUUCGCCCGCGGGAUCAGUCUGUGGGUUCGGUACCACGUGUGUGUGUGCAGCGCAGACUAUUGCAAUGAGGGAAACAAUCCAAAAAUUAACAUAAUGUUGUUAUUGAUAAGUUUCACUGUAACUUGCGCCUCGCUGACCCCCUUCAGUAUCAGUCUUUGUUAGUGAUAAAAGAAACUAACCCCCAUGUGAGCUACGAUGGUACCUGAUGUACAGUCGUGAGCAAUAUAAUGUACCCACUUUAGGACUCUGUCGCACUAACAUAUUUGACAUUUAGUGAGACUUACAGUUCAAUUUGUCAAAAAAG